AUGGCGUCUCUACCUUUAGCGGCGAAUCAUAUCAAUUAUGGCUACAACCGUGGAGGGAACUUAUCACGCCUCUUUUUUCGACAAUUAGCAGCGACAAAAAUCGCUAGUAUUGGUGUCGGCACUAUUGUUGUUAUGAUCAUUCGAAUUAACCUUCCCGACCACCACCUCCACCUUGGCGAUGGUAGAGGUAGUGAUAGAGGUGGCAUCGGUCGAGGUAGGGGUGGAGGUGGCAGUGGUGGUAACGAAGGCAGAGACGGAAGUGGUGUAUGUGGUGAUAAUACCAGAGACGAUGGUGGAGGUCGUAGCAUUGACGGUGGCAAUGCCGAAGAUAGAGGUGGCAAUGACAAUUGUGGUGUUGGAGGCCACAAGGGUAAUAUGCGAACAAGUUUAUCCAGUUGGAUGAUAUAUGGUAUAUAA